AGAACAACAAGAGAAUAGAGACCUUGCGAAGAUAGAACUUAUUUUUUCACUAAAUCCCGAAUAUACAUUUGUCAACACAUCCUAACGAUGAAGUCAACGCUGACGUGCCAAGCUUCCGUCGUGUUCCGAAUAGGGCGAACUUUGCAGAUGGUGGAGCUGGAGGCCUGAUUUACACCUUCCGCAAAUGCCGACUCCGCCUUCGAAGCGUAGUAACCCUUUCCCAUCAGCUUGACUCAUUCGCGACGUCCUAGUGUGCUGAGCACGAUGCAGAUGGAAAUAGAGAUAGCAGCCCUGCGGUGCUUUGGGGCGACUAGACUGUGUUAGGCGCUAGCGCACAGAGUAGCCACCAUGUAUCAGGAAGAGUCAUGCCUGCGGCCUCGGUCAGCAUAGCAGGUCACGACUACUGCGGCUGAACUCCCCAGCUGCCUACGAAACAGAGAAACCCAUCGACUUCUUCCAAUAUGACAGAAGCACAACGUCCCAAGAUUGGCGUCGGCGUCAUCAUCCACGACAACGCGGGCAAUAUCGUCAUGGGCGAGCGCGCAGGCUCGCACGGCGCGGGAACUCUCCAGUGUCCCGGGGGCCAUCUCGAGUAUGGCGAGUCGUUCGCUGAAACAGCUGCAAGAGAGGUCUUAGAGGAGACUGGGCUUGAGGUGGGCAACAUCAAGUUUCUGACUGCUACCAACGAUGUUUUCGGAGAGGGAAAGCACUAUGUGACCAUUUUUGUUACUUGCAGCAUUAUCGGUGAAAAUGAGACACCUAUGCCGAUGGAACCGCACAAAUGUGCCGCGUGGAGUUGGGUUCCUUGGAGCCAAAUGUGGCAAUGGGCUGGAGAACAGGCGAAAGCUGAGCAGGAAGGAAAAGAAGUGCAGAAGAACCUGUUCUUGCCGCUUGUCAAUCUAUGGAGAGAGCGUCCCGAGAUGAAGGAUGUGUUUGUCGCGAGAUGACGAUGAUCUUAUCGAUAAUACCUUUCAUAUGGAGAAUC